AUGUGCUGUACGACCUUCAGCUUUAAGUUCUUUUGUACAUUUCUUAAUUAUUGUCGCAAUGCUUGGCUCGCCUGCCUCCCCGCCGCCGUGCUCCUCUUGCUCCUGUCCUGCUGCGGUCCUGCCCGGGGAUAUUUUGCCGAGGAGCGCUGGAGCCCCGAGUCUCCGCUGCUCGCUCCCCGGGUGUUACUCGCCCUCAUCUGCAGAAACUUCCGAGCACUCUCUGCCGAUUUCCUUGGUACCAUUGAGCGUCUCAACUACCCUAAGGAACGUAUUGCUUUGUGGGUAGCAACGGAUCAUAACAACGACAACACUACAGCCAUUCUGCGAGACUGCUUGAUCAAAAGCAGAAUCCUUUACCAUUAGGUGGAGUGGAGGCCAAAAGAGGAGCCCAGUCAUUAUGAGAAAGAAGACAGUCCAAAGCAUUGGAUAGAUGACUUACGAGCGAUGUUAUGAAAGCGUCGGCAGGUCGCCCUGGAGUCAGCACGAGUGUGGGCCGACUACUUUAUGGUACGAACAAUUGGCGGAUGUGAUAACCUACUCACAAACCCUAAUGUCCUCUGGAAGCUCAUGAACGAGAAUAAGACUAUCUUGCACCAUGCUUGAAUCCCGGCUGCCUAGUCAAACUUUUGGUGUGGAAUGACCUCCCAGGGUUACUAUAAGCGCACCCCUGCUUACAUACCCAUGAGAAAGCAGAUACGGAAAAGGCUGUUUUUGCAGUCCCCAUGGUCCACUUCCACCUUCCUCAUAGACCUCAGGAAAGAGGCAUCCAGGCAGCUGGCCUUUCACCCACCACACCGAUACAGCUGGGCUUUUGAUGACCUUAUUGUCUUUGCAUACUCUGCUCGGAUGGCAGAUGUCCAGAUGUUUGUAUGUAAUAAAGAGACCUAUGGUUACCUCCCUGUGCCUCUGAGAUCACACAAUACUUUGCAAGAUGAAGCUGACAGCUUCAUGCACUCCCUGUUGGAGGCUAAUGUGCGCAAUCCUCCCGUGAUGCCUUCCAAAUACAUUCCUGUGCCUAAAAAACAACCUGAUAAACUGGGCUUUGAUGAGGUGUUUAUGAUAAACCUGCAGAGGCGGACUGACCGCCGAGAUCGAAUGCUGAGGACAUUACAUGAGCAGGAGAUUACAUGUAAGGUCAUUGCAGCUGUAGAUGGAAAAGCCAUGAAUAUCAGUGAAAUUCAUACUCUGGGCAUCCACAUGCUCCCUGGAUACAGUGACCCAUAUCAUGGUCGCCCACUGACAAAGGGAGAGCUUGGAUGCUUCCUUUCCCACUAUAAUAUCUGGAAAGAGAUCGUGGAACUACGUCUAGAGAUCCUGGUGAUUGAAGACGACCUGCGCUUUGAGGUCUUCUUCAAACGUCGCGUGAUGAAUUUGAUGAGUGAGGUGAGGAGGAAGACUGACUGGGAUCUCAUUUAUAUGGGUCGUAAGAGAAUGCAAGUGGACCACCCAGAAAAAGCAGUUCCUCAUGUACACACCUAGUGGAAGCUGACUAUUUCAUAUUGGACACUAGGCUAUAUGAUGUCCUUACAAGGGGCAGAGAAGCUCUUGAAAGCAGAGCCACUAAAAAGUUUGCCAGUGAUGAGUUUUCUUCCUAUCAUGUUUGAUAAACACCCUGUCUCUGAUUAUAUGGACCAGUUUGAAACCAGGGACCUGAAGGCUUUCUCAGCAGAGCCUCUUCUAGUUUAUCCAACACACUAUACAGGCGACAAAGGCUACAUCAGCGACACAGAGACCUCCACCGUGUGGGACAAUGACAAGGUCCGCACAGAUUGGGACAGAGCACGCUCUGGAAAAACUCGUGAGCAGGCUGAGAUCAUCGAGGCGCAGAAUGCCGAUGUGCUCCAAUCUCCUUUGGACAGCACAGCACGGGACGAGCUUAUGAAAGGAACUGAAAGACAGCCACACAACAUUUCCAAAGGCUGCACUGGACAAACCCCCUUAGUUGUCUAACCAUGUCUCAUCUUAGGUGCUUUGGAUUUCGUGUGAGUUUGGAAAAAAAAUGUAAGUUCUCCAGAUGUGACCGGUUAAAAGGGAUCAGUUUUGUCCUGUAUUUACACUUUGUCGAUAUGUAGUUUUUAUUAAGGCACUAGACUUGCCAUUUUGAGUGGCAUUUGCAGUACCCCUCUUCUGUCUGUCAUACAGAAAUUAAUCUUCACAUUAGCAAAGAUUGCAAUCAGACUGUACCAUGUCACUCAUCAGCCGUAACUUUGUCUGUCUUUGUAUGAGAUUACACUGUGAAAUGCCUUAUUUAUAUACUGUAAAUUACUGAAGCAUACAAAUUAAUAAUGCCACAGUAUUGUACACUUAAGAAAACAUGUCUGAAACCAAUUUCAAUCAUUUAAAUUGAUUAGUCUCUGUUGGGUAGAAACCCUUCAGUCUGUUUGCCUUGAUCUUCGUAUUUUCUUUCUUAUGACUUCAUGUUUUUCAGCUUUGAAUAGUAAUACGCCAUCACUAAUGAUGCAACAGAGCCUUACCAAAGCAACAAACACACAGGAAACAGUAGCAGUCAAGUUAGUAUUCACAGUCUUUAAUGUAUUUCUGUAGAUUAAGUUCAAUUCACUUCAAAAGAUGCCACUUUUGGAUAUUUUUUCCAGACUUGUGCUGCCAAACCAGCUGUUGGCAUGGUUAUAGAUGAGACAAACCACUGUACACGCCUCUAGCCUGAUGGUGUGGGAGAAACAUUGUUGUAAAAAGAACCAGCCCAGCCACAUCUAAACACGCUGCAGUGUCUCCACCUCUUAAUCAUACUUGGUGAGAUGACAAUUCAAGCUGAGCCCCCAGGAAGUUAAUUUUUACAGGGUGGUAAUGGGAGCCAUUCAGCUACGGAUUGUGCACAAACAUUUUAGAUGUGCAUUCUGCCAAGAAAAAAUAAAAUGUUCUAUUUUUUAAAAAGUUGAAUUUGUGAUUACUGUGAGAGGAUGCCUCUAUGCUGUUAUCAUUUUUUAAGUUCUGAAAUUUUAAGGUUUUAAAGCUGAUUUUUUUUCAGCCUGUAAAAAGAUAAUACCAACAGACAAAAUACAACUCAGCUGCCAUCUUCUUUAGAACACCUCUGCCAUUAAUGAAAGAAAGAUUUUCUUUGUCAUUGUGUCUGAGGUAUAGAAUUUUAGGUGUCUUACAGUUUUCAGUGUGAGAGCUGGCAAUAGAUAUCUACCUCCUCUCCUCUUCCCUCCCCGUUUUGAAAGAUAAGAAAUACUAAAGUUGAAAACUUUAAUUAUCAGGUAAACAAAGGCUGAGUUCAUUUAAUCUGAUAAUAUUCAUUACCUACCUUUUAAAUGAGCAGAUUCACAAUCACAGUUGUCUCUUCUCCUCCUCUUCUGUUUGCUCUUCUUCCUCUCAGGUUGUUUCAAUGUUUUCUUGUUUCACCCCAUUUAAAUGAAAUCUAAUGCAACUUGGAUAACUAAUGCAAAUCCCCCCCCCCCCCCCCCCGCAACUAUCCUCUAAACCUUUUGCAACUACAGUUAAUCCCCUCUCAACUCAAGAAUGAAGGAAAUAAUGAAGUCAUAUAAUGUUAGUCAGCUGAUACUUUUUCCACCUACCCUAAAAUAAUUUUUUGCUUCUCUCACAUCACUUGCCAAACUUUGGCUCAGUGAUGUCCGGUUACAGCUGAGGGUGCCACAUCUACUUUAGAGGGGAAUGCUUUUAAAGCAACACUCAAACAAGGUACAAGUAGUCACAGGGAAUUCAGGGGAGGAGCCAACGGUGAGGACAGGCUUUUACAACCUCUUUUUUUAAACUCUGAUUACAAAAUAUAUUCAAACUCACUGACAAUUCUGAAAGUAUACGCAUGUAAUGACUUUUACUUUACAAAAUUCAGUUGAUCACUUAUUCAUAACAAUAUGUAAUUUAUAGCAUAAUUUGCCUGGUAAAUAUUCAUUCUUGUGUCCAACUGGGUGCAUUCAUGGGAAUAUACUAAGGAUGUCCCGAUCCCGAUGCGAUUUUUUUGAUAUUGAGUAUCUGCCAAUACCGAUUCCCGAUCCAAUACUUGUAUUUUCCCUGAAAAUAGAGCUGCACACAGUUUUUUAAAACAUCUUCUUAACAAAAAUAAAGUAACAAAAAUGAAUCAAAAGAUGUCUUCAUCUUAUCCCAUUUAACAUAGUUCAGCUAGCAAUUUUGUAAAACUCACAUAUAAAGUCAAAACUCUCCACAGAAUGGUGUAAUAGCUUAAUUUAGCCUACUAUUCAGUCACAAAAUAAAUCACAAUUUAUGUAUUCAUUGAUUGAUUCAUUCCUUCAUUAACUAUUCAUCUAUUAAUUGAUUUUGAAUUUGUUUGUGAUUAAUUAAUGAAUUCUCUUUUUUAUAUAAUUGAUUUUUGAGGUAAUUAUAUUAUGCUGUGUUACAAAGUUAUAAGGGAUCACGCAUGUGAAAAUGUGUUAACCCACCAUGACCCCAUCAAACAAGUCUGCAAUGCAACACUCAACUUAUGUCUGAGCCUGAGACCACAGAAAGAAAGAUGAUUUUAUAAUCCUCUUUUUGUUCAGAACUCAGGACUUUGUAGCUUCUUACUUCCGUCAAGUUACUAUUGCGGACAACAUGCUGCUUCCUGUUACAGCCCUUUCAAAGUAAAGUUUUUUGGACUGCAUAACAUGAGGGGACUUUUAUUGUGAAAAGGCUAAUGAACUUGCACUAAUGGAGAGAUGUUAGAGUGAGGGGGCUACACAAGGGCAAGGGCUUUCAUCUGUUGGGGUGAAGUGUUUUGCGAACUCUGGUAGAGCUCAGGAGGCUAGCAAACAUCUCUCCAGGUACAGAUUUCCAUAGUUUGGCCAUACUAGGACCUGAACCAGUGAGCUUCCAGUUCUUUAACUAAGUCCUUACAAUGUUAUUGCUUUGAAACUGAAACACUGGGAUGACAAGUCAAGCAUGUAUAAACUAAGCUUGUAUGCUUUGUUCUACCUUGUUGGACCUCAGUGUGUCAUUGUUUCUUGACCUUCUGCUUUAACUACAAGUAAGAGCGUAAACACAACUUGACGGGUAACACUUGCAAUAUGUUGGUGACAGAGUGACAGAGUGACAGAAGACAUAAUUGAGAAAGUCCUAGGGGUGAUGAAAUGAGGUCAGAUGCAGUUUCUGUACUUUACAAGUAAAUCAUUAAUUUAAAAUCACCUUUAUGAGUAACAUACAGUUCAAGUAAAUACAUAAUAACCCAACCCUGAGAGGGUAAGAUUUGUCAACAACAUAAAGAGUUUCAUUUUAUCAAAUGAUGUAUUAUUUUGCAGUAUGGAUGAAGUUUACUAUCUUGUUACACCAAUGCAUGUCAAUACCACUGUGAUAUAUCUGUUAUGAAUGUCACAUAUCUCUUUAUGUGAAAUUGCAUGCUAUUUCCACUGUUUGCACUUUAACAUCGACUAAAUAAAUCCACUGAGCUC